CAAGCAGCCUGGGGCUGACUGGGCUUUCCUCUCCUUCCUUCUCUGCUUCUAGAUGUUUCCUGGUUAGGAUCGAGAUGGUGAAGCGUCUAAUUAAUGGUGCUCUGUGUUUGUUUUCUCCUGACAGUCUCAAAGGAAGCUCCCAGCUGGUCGUGAGCUCAGAGAAAGAUGGAAAGAAGGACAAAGCGGCUGUGGAUAAAGUCUUCUUUUUCCGGAUCCUUCGAAUUCUGCGCAUCAUGGUUCCCCGGUUCUUCUGCAUGGAGACCGCCUACCUCCUCCUCAUUGCCAGCAUGUUGGUGGCCAGGACCUACUGCGAUGUGUGGAUGAUCCAAAACGGUACCAUGAUUGAAAGCGCCAUCAUCGGCCGCUCCACUAAAGAUUUCAAGAUCUUCUUGUUCAGCUUCAUCAAAUUCAUGCCAGUGAUAGCUUUGGUCAACAACUUCCUGAAGCUGGGCCUGAAUGAGCUGAAGCUGCGGUUCCGUGAGAGGCUCACCAAGAAGCUGUACGACCAGUACCUGCAGGGUUUCACAUACUACAAGAUGGGAAACUUGGACAACCGGAUCGCCAACCCAGACCAGUUGUUGACGCAGGAUGUGGAGAAAUUCUGCAACAGCGUAGUGGAUCUUUACUCCAACCUGAGCAAGCCUCUGCUAGAUAUCAUUCUCUACAUCUUCAAGCUGACCAGCGCCAUUGGAGCCCAGGGCCCAGCCAUCAUGAUGUCCUACCUGCUAAUCUCGGGUCUGUUCCUGACCCGCCUCCGGAGGCCCAUUGGAAAGAUGACUGUGACGGAGCAGCGCUAUGAGGGAGAAUACCGCUAUGUGAACUCCCGUCUCAUCACCAACAGCGAGGAGAUUGCCUUCUACAACGGAAACCUGAGGGAAAAGCAGACCAUUCAUGCCACAUUCAAAAAACUGGAACUAGUCUACCUGGACUGCGUCCUCAAAAGAAACCGGUCUACUUGGACUGCAUCCUUCAGGGGAAUCGCUCUAUCUAGACUACGUCCUUCAAAGGAACCGGUCUACCGGGACUGCAUCCUCCAAAGGAACCGGUCUACCGGGACUGCGUCCUUCAAAGGAAACGGUCUACCGGGACUGCGUCCUUCAAAGGAACGGGUCUACCGGGACUGCGUCCUUCAAAGGAACCGGUCUACCGGGACUGCGUCCUUCAAAGGAACCGGUCUACCUAGACUACGUCCUUCAAAGGAACCGAUCAACCUGGACUGCAUCCUCCAAAGGAACCGGUCUACCGGGACUGCGUCCUUCAAAGGAAACGGUCUACCGGGACUGCGUCCUUCAAAGGAACCGGUCUACCGGGACUGCGAACCGGUCUACCGGGACUGCGUCCUCAAGAGGAACCAGUCUUCCUGGACUGCAUCCUUCAAAGGAACCAGUCUACCUAGACUGCGUCCUUCAGAGGAACCGAAGGAACCGGUCUACCUGGACUGCGUCCUCCAAAGGAACCGGUCUACCGGGACUGCGUCCUCCAAAGGAACCUGUCAACCUGGACUGCGUCCUCCAAAGGAACCUGUCUACCUGGAAUGCGUCCUUAGAAGGAACCUGUCUACCUGGAAUGCGUCCUUAGAAGGAACCGGUCUACCUGGAAUGCGUCCUUCAAAGGAAGCGGUCUACCUGGAAUGCAUCCUUCAAAGGCAACGGUCUACCGGGACUGCGUCCUUCAAAGGCAACGGUCUACUGGGACUGCGUCCUCCAAAGGAACCGGUCUACCUGAACUGCGUCCUUCAAAGGAAAUGGUCUACCUGGACUGCGUCCUUCAAAGGAAGCGGUCUACCGGGACUGCGUCCUCCAAAGGAACCAGUCUACCUGGACUGCGUCCUUAGAAGGAACCGGUCUACCUGGAAUGCGUCCUCCAAAGGAACCGGUCUACCGGGACUGCGUCCUCCAAAGGAACCAGUCUACCUGGACUGCGUCCUUAGAAGGAACCGGUUCACCGCUCGCAUCACGGAGCUGAUGACCGUCCUAAAGGAGCUGAAUGCUGGCAAAUAUGAACGCACCAUGGUGUCCCAGCAUGAGAGGGAAGCAGAGAGUCCAGAGAAAAGCCUGCUGGUUCCUGGAAGUGGACAGGUUAUCAACAGAGACAACAUCAUCAAGUUUGACCACACUCCACUGGCCACGCCCAAUGGUGACCUGCUGAUCAGAGACCUCUCCUUUGAGGUGAGGUCCGGAACCAAUGUUCUGGUUUGUGGACCCAACGGCUGCGGAAAGAGCUCCUUGUUCCGAGUGCUUGGAGAGGUGAGAGUGUUUGGAUUCAGUAACGCAGCCUGCUUCCUUCUGCU